CCGGGAGCGCGCGGGGUACGCCGGGAGCGGCCCCGCCCCGGGUCUCUAUGGGAACGCGGCCGUUCGGUGCCGGCGCGCGGGAGCGUCCGGGUUGCGCGUCCCCCCGCGGCUGCCAGACCCGCUGAGGAUGCCGCAGUGAGGGGGUGCCUGCUGCCCACCCGCCUGCCGUGCUAUGGCCGCCCAUGGGCUCAGCUGGGCCGCAGCACUAUAGCUGUAGCGCCGGGCUCACGCUCAGCGCCCCACAGCCGGCCUGCGAGAGCCGGGCCUGGCCCCCGGUCCCGCAGCACAUCAAGCCCAUCUGGAGGCUGGAGAGGAAGCAUGUGAGGGCUCCACCCGUCCCCAGCCUGCUCCACCCGGGGCCCCCCGGCUUCCCGCCCCUGCCUGUGCCAUGCCCUGGUGACGCUGCCCACUCUGGCCUGCCCCUGCCCUUCCCCAGCUCCCCAGGGAGCACGCUGCUCUACCGCCGAUCCUACGCCCGGCAGAGACCCUACCAGCGGCUUGAGUCCAUCUGUCUACGCUCGAGCACUCUCAAGCGCUGGUCGGUCCCUCUCCCUCCCCAGGGCCCCCCAGCCAGCAACUUCGCCCAGGGCCCUGGCAUGCUGUCAGCCGCCCCAGAGCUGGCCCCGCUGCCGCGGGCGCCUAAAGACCGCCCCCCUCCACCUAAAGGCUCCCCCCUGGGCUCGGGGCAGCCAGCUCCCGGUCCCUACAGACCCGUGCUGAACAACAACGCCUUCCUGCGGCCAAGCAGUGCCCAAGUGCCUUCGCCCCCAUCCCCCGAGAGCAAGAGAGGGAAGAGUUCCCUGCGGCCACUCGCCACGUCCUGGGCCUGCACUGGGGGCACCGGAGACAGCUCCACUGCAGACCUUGAGAACAGACCCAUGAAGGGGCCCCAGCUGGCUGUCCUGGCCCGCCGGCCCCCCGGCCCUGAGGGCCCAGCCUCGUGGUGCCUGGAAGACGCGGAGAGUCGGCUGCGGAGCCUGCAGACCAGGGAGCACAAGAUCCUGCUGACGGAGGCUGUAAGGCAGCUGAGGGGGAAGGUGAGCACCUGCCAAGACUACAGCUGGCACCUCAACGCUGUCUGUCCAGCUGCCAGCGGCCUCUGCUGCGAUGUACUCCCUGUGGCUGGGCGCUGGAGACCGCACCUCCUCACCCAGCUGAGCCCCCAGGCCGCCCUGGCCCCCCAGAGCUCUGAGCCGAGGCGUGGCAGCCUCCCUGGGGGCCGGAGCCCUCCCAGUGCCAGUGCCUGCACAAAGCGCAUCAGCGUUCAGCUCCUGGCCCCCAGCACCGAAGCACCCGCCCCUCCGUCCUGUCGUGGGCUGGACCUCCUGUCGCUGAGCGAUGGGGACACAGCUAGGCCCAUGCACCUCACCGCUGUGUCCAGAGUCGCUGCCCAGAUCCCCACCGUCCAGCUAGACGAGGACAAGUGCAAGGCCAUGGGCGUGCCAAGGGUAUCCCCGCAGCUCCCGGAUGCUGCCCCCAGUGAGCCUGAGAACGAGGCAGAAGAGGAGCUUCCGGAUGGGCUGGAUGAUGAGAGCCAGGAUGGGGAGGAGGAAGAGGAGGACGCAGGCGAGUCAGACAGCUCAUCUGUCAUGGGCCUGUCACCCAGCGGGUCGGUGGCGCUCAUAUCCAGAGCUGUGUGGCGCCCUGGCUUGGGGCCGUGGCAGGCGGGUGCCAGGCAAGCGGCUCUCAUGCCUCAUCGCCCUCCCCACAGAAGCUGCCAGGAGGGCCUGGCACAGCAGGUGGAAGCCCAGGAGCGGGUGCUCAGACCAGCCCUCUUGGGCAGCCUCUUCCCCAACAUGCCCCCCACCAUCUACUUCGGGACCUGCGACGAGAGAGUGGAGAAGCUGCCCUGGGAACAGCGGCGCCUGCUGCGGUGGAAGAUGAGUUCAGUCACCCCCAAUGUCGUGAAGCAGACAGUCGCCCGCUCACACUUCAGAGUCAGCAGAAGGAACAGCGACUGGCUGGGCUGCUGGGGCCACCACAUGAAGUCUCCAGCCUUCCGCAUCAUCAAGGAGCACCAGAAGAUCAACCACUUCCCCGGCUCAUUCCAAAUCGGGCGCAAGGACCGGCUGUGGCGGAACCUGGCCAAGAUGCAGACACGCUGCGGCAAGCGGGACUUCAACUUCUUCCCCCAGUCCUUCAUUCUGCCCCAAGACAUCCGGGGGCUGCGCCAGGCCUGGGAGGAGGGUGGCACCCGCCAGAAGUGGAUCGUGAAGCCGCCGGCGUCGGCAAGAGGCAUUGGCAUCCAGGUCGUCCACAAAUGGAGCCAGCUGCCCAAGCGCCGGCCGCUGCUGGUGCAGAGGUACCUGCAUAAGCCCUACCUCAUCGGAGGCAGCAAAUUUGACCUGCGCAUCUAUGUCUACGUCACGUGCUAUGACCCGCUGCGCAUUUACCUCUUCAGGGAUGGGCUUGUGCGCUUUGCCAGCUGCAAGUACUCAUCCUCUAUGAAGAGCCUUGGCAACAAGUUCAUGCACCUGACCAACUACAGCGUGAACAAGAAGAACACAGAGUACAAGGCCAAUGCCGACGAGACCGCCUGCCAGGGCCACAAGUGGGCACUGAAAGCACUUUGGAGCUACCUGAGCCAGAAGGGGGUGAACAGCGAGGCCAUCUGGGAGAAGAUCAAGGACAUUGUCGUCAAGACCAUCAUCGCGUCGGAGCCCUACGUGACGAGCCUGGUGAAGAUGUACGUGCGGCGCCCAUAUUGCUGCCACGAGCUCUUUGGCUUCGAUGUCAUGCUGGACGAGAACCUCAAGCCCUGGAUCCUGGAAGUCAACAUCUCCCCAAGCCUCCAUUCCAACUCGCCGCUGGACAUGAGCAUCAAGGGCCAGAUGGUCCGCGACCUGCUGAACCUGGCUGGCUUCAUCCUGCCACCUGCCGAUGACAUGGCCUCAGGCACCACCAGUGGCAGGAGCUCCGCCACCAGCCUGAGCAGCACCGCAAGGGAGAAGCCCCGGCCGGCCCCGGAGCAGGUGGUGGCCGAGAAGAUGAAGAGGGCAUAUUACCUGACGCAGAAGGUGCCCAACCAGGAUUUCUACACCUCGGUGCUGGAUGUGCUGACGCCGGAUGAUGUGCGGGUGUUGGCAGAGACGGAGGAUGAGCUCUCGCGGCGCGGGCAGUUCGAGCGAGUCUUCCCUGGGCCUGGCGCCUCCCGCUACCUGCGCUUCUUUGAGCAGCCACGCUACUUCAACAUCCUCACGGCCCAGUGGGAGCUCCGUUACCACCUGUGCAAGGGUAAAGGCUUGGAGCUGCUGCGGAGCUGGUGCCGCCAGGGCUUCCAUGCGGGGGUAGCAACGGAUGUACUGCUGUGGUCUCUGCCCAGGUCCCAUCUCCUCCAGAAGAGCAACCCCCACCUCAAUGGCUUCAGCAAGCUGGACCCCAGCCGCAUCAGCAAGACUCUCCCAGCGCAGGAGCCCAAGGAUGCCACCCGGGCACCAGAGCCCAGCCCUGGAGCCCAGAGCUCGUCCCUGCUGCCUUGCAGUGGCGGAGCCAGCAAGAAGCCUGGAGCCCCCCUGGCCGAGCCCACCCCGGCCUUGUGACUGAGCCGCCAACGCCCCCUUUGCCCCCACCCCAAGCUGAAAGUUUUGGGGGGGGGACCUGGAACCUACCUCACCGGAAGCUGCAAGUGCCAGCACAGGAGCCCUGGAACCUGCCCCGCCGCCCGCGUGCCACGGUGCCGGAGCCAGGCCGAUGGACACUGGGAUGUUUCAAUAAUGAUCUCUGGAAGGCGAGGCCGGGGCUUGGCGCCGUUCUUUGGGCAGGGGGGAGGCGCUGGGGGUAGAGCCGCAGCCCCUGUGCCAUGGGGGCUGGGUCCAGCUUCCCCCACCCCACAAUUCUGCCCGCAGGAAAGUUCGUCUUGCCCAGGGAUGUGGAGCAAUGGCCACUAAGGGGACUUGGGCACUAGCACCGCUGCCCUCUCUGCCCCCAGGCUCUGACCCUGCCCCCUUCUCCCCCUCCCGGGCACCGACCCUUGCCUGCCCCCAAAGGAGCCAGGCUGUCACACGGUGCCCCCAGUGUGGGGCAGGAGCUGGCGCUGCUCCAGGGACGGGGGUCCCCUUCCCACCUGCUCUGCCUGGGCUAGAGACCGUGGCCCCGAGGCUUGGCUGGGCCAGGGCAGCCGGCAGCCCUGGACCUGCGUGUCUGCCUGUGGCGUGCAAGUGCCCAGAGCCCUGGGCCUUGCCCCCAGUCUGCCCAGUUCCCCCCAGCAGGAGAAGGCAGUGCCCUCCUCCCUCUGCUUGCCCCAGUCCGGCAUUCCCGAGUGACCGAAAAUAGCCGCGGGCGGCAGUGAAAGCGGAGAGCCCCGUGUGGGUGUCCAAGGCCCGGCUGUGUGUGUCGUGUGUGUCCCCACCCUGGCCAUGGGGCUGGCACCUGGCUCAGCUUUGUGGCUUGGACCCUACAGGCCCCUGUCCCGUUCUCCCCCGCCCCCGCCUGGCACCUGCUGCCCCCUCCGUGCCUUGCCCGCUGCCCCCUCUCCCUGCCAUGUGCCUGCCAAAAGGGAGACCCAGUGCCAAGCCCCGGCCCCUGGAGCCCUCUGGCAAGACCAGGGGCUGCCCCGGGGAUGUGCGUGGCCCCCACUCCCCAGUUCCUGGUGCCAGGGUGUCCCCCAGGCUGGGGGUGGGGUCAGGCUUUGUACGGGGCAACACUGGCCCCAGCGGGUUUUCUAAUAAAGUCUGUGAGUGCCGA